GAGACUAUGAAGCAAUUUUAGAUCGAACCUUCGCCUCCUGUCGCUGAUUUUAGGAAUCGGAUGUAUGAACCGUUGGAGCUGUAGUGAGGAUUUCCUUCAUGAAAAGUGGGCUUUUGUGAACUUGAAAUGAAUUUGUCGGAGAUUUAACAGCUGGAAAAGAGACGAAAGUGCUUUCUUUUGGUGAAGAUGAAACGGAUAACGGGAAAGACGAAAGAUGCCACUCUUGUAGAGAUGACAAACAAAGCGGACGCUCAUGUGGAAGAUGGCUUUGCAGUGUUGACAGGUUACAGGAAGACCUUUCUCGCAGACAAUAAUGGCAGUCUCCUCUCCUCAACAGACAAAGGGACACAACUGCCAGGCCAUAAGGAGAUUAAUAAGCUGAUGCAGAACAGUGACUCUGUGUAUUUCAGAGAUGGCAUACGACGCAUUGAUUUUGUCCUGUCCUACACUGACGACAAAGACGGAGACAAGAAAUCGGAGAGGAGAAGAGAGUUUGAAGCCAACCUUGAGAAGGCUGGUCUAGAACUGGAGACUGAGAAUAAAUUGGACUCCGAUGACCAUAAAACAUACUAUCUGAAAAUUCACGCUCCAUGGGAAGUCUUGGCAACCUACGCAGAGGUACUAAAGAUAAAAGUGCCAUUUAAGAAGACGGACAUCCCAAAAGGACGGGAAAUCUCACUAGCUUGGCUGACGCAGCCUAUCCGCCUUCCCAGGAACAUCAUGAAGCCCGAGUCUGAUUACUUCACCGCACCCUUCAACAAAAACAAAGUGGACUUCUUCCUGAUUGAGGACAGGGCGACAUUCUUCCCACCCUCCACACGCAACAGGAUUGUCUAUUUUAUACUUACACGAUGUCCAUACUACAAUCAGGAUAGAGUAGAUAGAGAAAAGACUGGAAUUAAGAGACUCCUGAGCAAUGGCACCUACACCUCUGCCUACCCACUCCAUGAUUGCCGUUAUUGGAAGAGAUCGAAGGAACCACAAUGUGAGAGUGAGAGAUUUCACCUGUAUAAGUACUGGGCUCGCUUUCUCUGCUUUUAUAAAGAGCAACCGCUUAACCUCAUCAGGAAGUACUAUGGCGAGAAGAUUGGCAUCUACUUUGCUUGGCUGGGCUUCUACACAGAGAUGCUGUUCUUUGCUGCUGUCAUGGGUGUCAUCUGCUUUGUCUAUGGUUUACUCAGCUAUGAUGAUAACAUAACAAGUAAAGAGAUCUGUGACCCCAAUAUUGGCGGAACCAUUGUCAUGUGUCCUCUGUGUGAUAAGAAGUGCACCUAUUGGAAACUCAACUCAACGUGUUUGUCAUCAUGGCAAUCCCAUCUAUUUGACAAUGAAGGAACAGUGUUCUUUGCCAUUUUCAUGGGAAUUUGGGUAACUCUAUUUCUGGAAUUAUGGAAGCGGAGGCAGGCGAGACUGGAGUACGAGUGGGAUUUAGUGGAUUUUGAAGAGGAGCAGCAGCAACUUCAGAUCAGACCCGAGUUUGAGUUGAAGUGCACCAGGCGCCGUCCCAAUCGUGUCACAAAGGAAAUGGAGCCAUAUUUACCUUUAACCAGCAAGUGUGCUCGUUUCUGCUUCUCUGGAGCUACAGUUCUGUUCUGGACAUUACUGAUCGUGGCCUGUAUAAUGGGAGUGAUUGCAUACAGGUUAGCAGUUUAUGCUGCUUUUGCUAGUAUCAUGAAGGAUAGCUCAACCAGCAAUAUCCAGCUUGUGGGAUCUCUGAUUACUCCACAGCUGGCUACCUCUGUUACAGCAUCAUGUAUUAAUUUUGUUAUCAUCCUCAUCCUCAACUUUCUCUAUGAGCAUGUGGCUAUACGGAUUACUGAUAUGGAAAUCCCCAAAACACAUUUGGAAUAUGAGAACAAGCUGACCAUGAAGAUGUUCAUGUUCCAGUUUGUCAACUACUACUCCUCCUGCUUCUAUGUUGCCUUCUUUAAAGGCAAGUUUGUGGGUUACCCAGGCAACUACACCUACAUGUUUGGGAAGUGGAGUAAACUGAGAAAUGAGGAGUGUGCUCCAGGCGGCUGUCUGAUAGAGCUCACCACUCAACUAGUGAUUGUCAUGACAGGAAAACAACUGGUGGGAAAUAUCCAGGAGGCCUUGUUACCGUUACUAAAGAACUGGUGGAUUAGCAGGAAAGGCCGAAACCAUCCAGAGAGCUGCUACAGUCGAUGGGAGCAGGACCAUGAUUUACAGAGCUUUGGCCAGUUUGGUCUCUUUUACGAAUACCUAGAGAUGGUAAUCCAGUUUGGUUUCAUCACGUUAUUUGUGGCUUCAUUUCCACUUGCUCCACUUCUUGCUCUCUUUAACAACAUUCUGGAGGUGCGGGUGGAUGCAUGGAAGUUCACAACACAGUUCCGAAGGCCUGUAGCGGCCAAGGCACGCAACAUUGGAGCCUGGCAGGAGAUCCUUAACGUGGUGGCUAUUUUAUCUGUUGUCACAAAUGCCUUCAUCAUGGCAUUUACCUCAGACAUGAUCCCUCGUCUAGUCUAUCACUAUGCCUACCAUAAUGGUACUCAUCCCACUAUGGCAGGCUACAUUAACAACAGCCUUUCAGUGUAUGAAAUCUCCAAGCUCGACCCAAAAAACAAGCCAGAUAGUGAGGAGAACCCCCAUUGGUUCAAUGAGUCCAUCAUCACAACAUGCAGAUAUCGAGACUUUCGCUAUCCGCCAGGGCACCCGAAGGAGUACUCACAAAACAUGCAGUUUUGGCAUAUUCUAGCAGCCAAGAUGGCCUUCAUCAUCAUCAUGGAGCAUGUGGUGUUCGUGGUGAAAUUCUUUGUGGCGUGGCUGAUCCCAGAUGUACCAUCAGACGUUAAAGACCGCGUGAAGCACGAGAGAUACAUGGUGCAGGAGUACCUACACGACUACGACGUGAAGAAGAUCAAAAUGCAGCUCAGUCAGAGUCAGACUACAGACCUCUGUCACUCGACAGAGAGCAGCUCCCUACUCCCUCCAGACAAGAUUGAUGUCAUGUCUGAAUGUAUCUAAGGAGCCUUGAGCCUACAGGAGCCAACCAGUUAUGAGUAUCUGGAGUAUGAUCAACACCAGACCAUGCUGUACUGCAUGUGUAACCGAAGAACUAGCCUGCCUGUAGCUUUGUCUCUCUUGGAACCCAGAUAAACUCACUUUCUGUUAUAAAUAGGAAAAUCAAGCCAUGACGUGAUCUUGAGGCACUUCUGAUGUCUGUAUUUUAUUUUCAUUUGCAGUGCACUCUGACUCUUGUCUCCUUUAGCAUGCAGUGCUCUGUCAGUAUAUGUGACUGCAGUUGUGGGCAUGAUGCUUGGCAGACUUCAUGAUUUGGAUAGCUCUCUGGACUGAUGCUCUGUUUGUUUUUGCCUUGUAAACCAAUGGCAAGUAAAAGUAAAAUGUGAACUCAAGAAUGUUUAUAUGAUCAUUGAAGAAUUUCUUUAGGGACACAUAAAGCUUUUAUUCUGUAAUUAGAUAUUAUUCUCCUGUUAACCUUGAUCACAUGUAACUGCCCAAGGUUGCUGCACUGUGGUUUUUAUUUAUCUUUAAAUAAGUAAUAACCAGAGUUCUGCUGGCUCAUCAUUUGUAAAACUACACUGCGUGUCUUACUCUCUUGUACUCAAACCUUUUGAGUAUGAUAUCUAGCCAAACACUUAUGCUGUAAUAAUCAUAAGUGAAGUUUAUCAUGUUCUCUGUGCAAUGUUUUUGCUCUCUUAUGGAUCAUUUGUCUUCUUCCUUGACACAAAGACCUACAUAUAUGUGUACUGUGUUAGAGUUGUGAAUGAAAUGGUGCAUCAUUUGGUGAUUCAUUAAUCGGUUAAUUUAACUGCCAACUCUGUUAACACAGAAGAAAAAACUACAGCGCUACACUAAAUAUUUCAGGAAAAACAAUUUUCUGAUGAAAGCCUGAGUUUUACUAAAGAGUUCUUUAGUAAACUGGAGUGAAUAUAUUGCACUAUGAUGCGUUCAUAUAGAUAGAUAGUGAGAUAUCUACCCUUAAAAUGAAAUACUAAUGUUUAUGUAUACACUAAAUCCAAAGAGCAUCAAAAGGCUUAUUUGGGGGUACAGGAUUUAUUUCCGUUUGAAUAUAUACAAACGGAGAAAAUACAAACUUAUUUCUUAAUUGCCACACUAUAUCUAUCACAUGUAAUGCUUUUAAAAACAUUGGGAUAAAUAGCUAUGUACAAUUCCAGACAAAAGGCUCAGUAUGUUUUCUAGUGUACUCUAGUGUAAACAGAAGGAAUGAAGGGACAAAUUCAGAGGCAUUUUGAACAUUAGAGGCAUUUCCAUUUCAUGUCUUUUUGUCUUGUGUUUAAUCAUGUAUACAUUUUGUUUAUGUGUUCUCCCAGUUCAGGUUUCAGAAAAUGCUGUGUUCAUAAGCCUUGAAGAAGACUUGUAAAAUGCUAAGAUCUUCUGCAGGAUUAAAUGAGGCUGUGGGCUGUUCAUGUUUGUUGAGCAAUAUAUUGUUAACAUCAUUUUGUGAAAGUUUGCGUGUGAUAUUAAACCGUCUUGUCAUAUACCCGAA